AAGAGCAGUGUAAUGCCGAGCGCAGAGAGCUCUGCAACGUCAGAACGCUCACGUGCAUCUACUUGGUGCUCUCGACAGCUCUCUGAGAAUGAGAAGGUGGGAUUAUCCCAUUUCACGGAGGAAACCAAGACUCAGGAGGUUAAAUUACUUGCCCAAGGCUGCAAAGCAAGGAAGAGGGCAGAAUUGAUUUCAGUUAUAGAGCUAGUAUUCCAGCCUUAAUAUUCUGCCUCGUGAUCCUGUACUUUCUCUUCUCUACAAGGUGAUGUCCCUCCUAAAAAAAACUGUCCCAGUGGCUUUUCCACUUCGUUCCUGAAGAAUGGGCUUUGGUAAUACCUCUGAAGUCUUGUUUCAUCAGGAUUCCAUGUGUUGAAGCAGAGUCCAAGCGGCGGUCACAGACCCUGACCUCCCCGAGGGCAGACGUAUGCACAAUUGCCUCCGAGCUCCCCUCCACACUAGCUCUUUUAGCCCAGAGGAUGAAUUGAAUUGAGUUGAAAUCUUCAGGUGGAAGGGGCCUAAGCAGCUGCUUCAGCAUUGCUUAUAUGUAGAGACAAACAGAAACUGCUAAUAUCUGAGUGGUACAAAUGCCCAGAAUGAUGAGGUAAGAGGAGCUGUCUGUCCGCUGGGAAAUCAGAACAUACCCAUGCUGUGGGGCGUGGGGUCGGUGCCAGGCGUCCAGCCUCGCUCGAGGGAGCCGACCACAUGGAGCGGCGCUGAGGACUUCUGCAGCGUCAGAGAGUGGGCACCCCUCGGGGAGAGACAUUUUCUGCUCCCACCAAGCUGGCUGGGCCUGCUUCCUGAAUCUCCUGGGUGUGUCUUAAUUACCAGUCCCAGCACCUCCUGAAAGCCCCACUCUCUCCUCCUGGUCACAGAGGAAGGAUCAUGGGAGAAACAGAAGGGAAGAAAGAUGAGGCUGAUUAUAAACGACUGCAGACCUUUCCUCUGGUCAGGCACUCGGACAUGCCAGAGGAGAUGCGAGUGGAGACCAUGGAGCUGUGUGUCACGGCCUGUGAGAAAUUCUCCAACAACAACGAGAGCGCCGCCAAGAUGAUCAAAGAGACCAUGGACAAGAAGUUCGGCUCCUCCUGGCACGUGGUGAUCGGCGAAGGCUUCGGCUUUGAGAUCACACACGAGGUGAAGAACCUCCUCUACCUGUACUUCGGGGGGACGCUGGCUGUGUGUGUCUGGAAGUGCUCCUGACGCUGUCCCCCACCCCUGCCCCCGUCCCCCGCAGGCCUUUUCCUGCUGUUCCUCUGGGGCGGGGAGCAGCCCCAGGCAGGUCCUGAGUUUCCAAAGGAAAGCCGGGCUCUUGUCUGUUGUCCUGUGUACCGUUUCCGGAGCCGCGCCCAGUGUGUGAAUCUGUUGACAUCUGUGUCCGCGGGCUCGCAGCCAGCUCACGCUGAGUCCCGGGGCGUGAGGGGGCGGCAGGGGAGGGGUGCGCAGAUGUGACAGGGUAGAAGGAGCGGGGGAGGUGGAAUUUCUCUCACAGGGACGUGCCAGCCCCACCUCUCCGGGUGGCCGCUCACCCCGCACAGCCCGGGAGCCCCUCGCUCCCACCCGCAGCACUGCAGGCAGGUGUCCGCUGUCCUCGUCUUUACGGGCCAUAUGCAGAUGGCCUCGAGAGGGAGUCUGUCCUCGGGGGUCGCUGGCGCUUCUCUCCUUGUCCUCCGGAGAAGUGGUGACCCCCACCCCACCCCACCCCGGAAGCCCCUUUCCCAGCCUGACCCCGGGCUGAACAAGCCACUGCGUCUUGUCGGGUCGACAACUCCACAGCCCCGGGCUUUGACGUGAGGACCAAGCAGCCUGUCCCCCUCCGUCCCCUCCCCGCUCCCCAGCCGCCAGGCUGCGUGAACCUGUUACCUUGCCCCACCCAGGCAGUUGGUAACCAGUGGCUGCGGGUGUGGGAACUGUUUCUCGAAGUGUCACUGACCUCCGGUGAGACGCCUGGGCCAGGAGCGCCCUCGCCGUGAGGCCUGUUUCAGCAGGGAAACCUGGCCUGCCGCCUCUCAUCAGGGACCGCAUGCUGAUUUGUACUUCUUAUCUCUGCUGGGUUUUCUAUACUCUUUUUGAG